AUGUCACCCCUGGCAAACAUGAUAUCCACACUACCACUUGCACCAGCCGGCGCAACAGCUGAGAAGGCUAGACAUGCACUCGCUAAGGCUUCGGUUUCGGGCUCAUCAUCUACAUGCCAACCCAGUCCCGGAGCGACCAAUCCUAACCACAUGUCCAGCGCUACGCUGACUUCGACCAAUUCAUCCCCCUCCGAACUAUUGCUAAAACAAACUAGCUCGCAAGAUCCACCCGCGAUCAUCCAUUCUUCGACAAAGCUUGGCACAUCUACAGAUCUUAGGGAAUUUACUGGAUUCCCCGAACUACCCCAGGAGCUUCGCGUUAAGAUAUGGAGAUACGCAAUGUCUAGGCCGAGAACUCGUCAAGCAGCCCCACUACAUUUCCUAUCGGGGGACAUCUUAGUCAAACUUUCAGCCUUACCGCUCCUGACAGUUUGCAGCGAGUCUUAUAGGCUAGCCUGCGAAACUUACUGGCUUUCACUCGGGAAUGAUUCAAAAUAUACCGUAAACAAAGGUUAUGAUAUUGGCUCACGAAUCAACCCCAUAAACGACGUUGUCUACCUUCCUAACACCAUGGGAGGGGUCGAUGUACCUGGUUGUCUCUCGACCUUCGCCCCUACUACCUUUUGUAACGGCGUCAUGGAUCAGAUUCUCUGUAAAAUCCAGCACCCGGCAAUCGACGGACCUCGCAAUUACCUCAAUGUAGUACUUAAAUGGGACCUUUGGUUCUUGCGUCGUACAAAUAUUAAAACUUUGACACUCACACUGCAUUCUUGGGAUUGCCGUCGAAUCUCACUGCGGCAAAAUUUUAACGCGGAUUUGGAACUGCUACCACCAGCGGAUGGAGUGGUUAGCAAAGGAAUAGAGCGACACAUUUCGGAAAUUAGGGAUACGCUUCAGAAGAAUAGGCAAGGACAAACGAAUUGUCCGCCCAACCCUGAAGUGAAGGUGGCUGUUUUGUGCAUAGAGGGAAAGGCGUGUUGCAUUCCAUUUAAGGAGGAAUAA